AUGACUAUCACAUCAUGCCUGCACGAUGGAGCUGUAUUCAAGGGUACUCAAAGAUCCAAGAGCAAAGAAUACGACGUUGAAGUCACCAUACAAUCUGUGGAUUAUCCACGCAAAACACUGUACGGUUACAUCAAAAUGGAUAAUCUCAUCAUUCCUUACGGAAGUCUAACGACAUACUUCGAGGGUGAAAUAAUCAGCCGAACGUUUCCAUUUGUUACAGGCAAAUGGGGUGCAAGUGUGGAGACUGAUAUUGCUCAUUGGGAAAAGUUUGCGCUUCCUCGCGUGAAACAAGUCGAUGGUGCUUCUUAUGCGGGAUUCUACUACAUUGGAUUCAACAAAUGGAGCGGAGAAAUCCUUGGCUACUACUACCAUUUGGAUUGUGAAAAGUAA